AUGCGGCAGACUGAUGCUGCCGUCAGCCUGGGCAUCUCCCUCACGGCGCUCAAGAACGCGUGUAGACGGCUGGGCAUACGCAGAUGGCCUUACAAGAGGACUCCCUUGCCGGACCGUGACUCGCAGCCUCUUUGCGCGUCCCACCUUGCAGACCCGGGCUCAUGCCCGUCGCCUCGAGCACAAGACGUGAUCACGACGUGCUGGACCUGGACAGGAGGGCGUGUGUGCGUUGAGACGGAGAGGUUGAUGGACGAGGCCAUCGCGCACGCGAGCAGCUAG